CUUGUCUCCUUGGGGGAAAUGGCCCCGCCGAUCUUUUCUUCCAUCCCCGCCAUCUCUUUCUUUCACAACAUACUCUUUACAACACAGACAGCAAGGAAGAGAAACAUAAAAUACAAUAACGAGCACUGUUACAACACACCGGUUUACCACGCCAAAUCAAUCAAUACCGAAACAAUGUCCACCCCCCUCCGCGCCGUCUACACCUCCCCGCAAUCCACCCACUCCUUCCAACACACCAUCACAGCGCCGCUCCCCCUCUCCGACACCCCGUCUCCAGAGAACGUCAAGACCAAAGUGGCAUAUCUGUCAGAACUGCGAAAGCUGGUCCCCGCCCUGCAAGACGACAUGAACGUGUUCCUGACCGCGCAGAUGGAGGAGGAGAAAAAGGCCGCCGAAGCCGAGGGUCGCAAGGUGUCGGACAAGGAGGCAAAGGAGGAGGAGACCUACGGCGAGGAGGUCGUGGAAGAUGAGGAAUGAGUUCGAUGAUUUCUACACGAUACGAUACGAUACAGCGGGGAUCGACUACGACUACGACCGCUGGUCUACGAUGAAACGGGCCACGCACGAUAGCGAGAACGAUGUUAAUAUAUAUUAGAUGAGAGAGUCCCGGGGUAUCAAAGCAGAAGAACUCAUGCGCCACUCCAUGGCUGGGAAUGCAUCGAUCGCGAUCGUACAGAGGGUUGACACAGAAAUAACGAAAAGAGAGAAAGAAAGAAACGAUCAAAAAGAAAAGAAAAGAAGAGAAAAGGAAAAAAAAAUAUAACAAAAACCACAAGAAUCGACGCCGUCCACAAAUCCUAUAUUUCUAUUCG